GCAAUGUCGUUUCUCUUUGGACGAAUUCACCAUUUUCACUCUCUCUUUCUCCGCUGAAAACUACAGACCUUCACACCCAUCGCUUUCUCUCUCUACAUAUAUCAAGUACAAACUCUCUCUCUCUCUCUAUAUAGAUAUAGAUAUAUCACUAUAUCUAUCUGAGCAGUAAGUAGUUAAGCUGCUCCACUCCUUCAACUACUCCUCUCUUACUUUCUCUCUCAUCAUUCCUUCAUUUAUUACUAUAUUUAUUGUUUUACUUCUCUCUCGCAUUCAAUUUCAGAAUACUUUUAUUUUAGUGUGAGACAGAGUGGACUGUGGAGAGAGAAAGUAGAGAGAAGUGUGAAACGGAACGAUGCCGUUAGUGAGAACUGCGGCAAGGAAUGUGUACGGAUUGGGAACGCCGGAAUUGUACCGGGACGCCGAUAAAGAGGAUCCCAAGGUCGUUCUUGACGGUGUUGCUGUCGCUGGACUCGUCGGGAUCUUGCGUCAGCUCGGCGAUCUCGCUGAAUUUGCGGCAGAAGUGUUUCAUGGCUUACAAGAGCAAGUGAUGGUUACAUCCUCGAGAAGCAACAGGUUGGUUGCUCGUGUGCAAAAAAUUGAAGCUGCACUUCCUCCACUUGAGAAAUCAGUAUUGGCACAGCGGAGUCAUUUACACUUUGCUUAUACAGCUGGAUCAAAUUGGCAUGCCCGUAUCCGUACUGAACAAAAUCAUUUUAUAUACAAUGACUUGCCAAGAUUUAUCAUGGAUUCAUAUGAGGAAUGUCGUGGGCCGCCACGCUUGCAUUUGCUUGACAAAUUUGACCCUGGUGGACCUGGAUCUUGCUUGAAAAGGUAUUCAGAUCCAACCUUCUUUAAGAGAGCAUCAGUUGGGUCUGAUGAAGAAUAUAUUGAAAAAGUCCUAAAAGAAAAGAAGGGUCGAAAGAUUAAGAAGAAACGAUCAUGGAGGAGGAAUGGAGAAGUCUCUCGUAGUGCAUCUAUGCCCAAUUAUGGUAGUAGAAUGCCAUUUUCUUCCAGAAAUCUGGAUAGGCGACCUUCCCUGGUUCAUAGUUUCUGCACAUAUGACACCACCCUGAAAUCUGACUUAGAUUCGAGACAUGGGUCGGGGCAGCGGGAAUUUGUUUCACAGCCAAGAUACUCAAUUCAACCUGAAGAUGGCAAAUCUGAGACUAUCUCGUCUCCACUAAAAAUGCAGCAUAACCAAUCUUUUGAUUGUUCUUUUCUUGAAGAAAAGAGUGAUCAUGCUUACAAUGAUAAUGGAAAAGAUUUGUCACACGAGCUAACUGACCUUGUUUCAACGUCCGUUGCUUGGAAUUUGAAGAUGCAACCUGACACACAAGAGCCUAAAGGAUCCUUUGAUUCGACAUCGCAGCUACAUCUUAACAAUAUGCUUGAUCACGCUUUUCCUGAGGAAAGAAGUGAAGUUGUUUAUGAUGACAUUGAUAAUAGUGUAUCAGAAGAGCAAGCUGGCCACUGCACAUCUUCUGUUACUUGGAAUGAUAAAACAGGAUGUGAGAAACAAGAGUCUAGAGAAUCCUUCUCUUCUCCAUCCCAGAUUCAGCAUGAUGCUUUGCUCGAUUGUGCUUCCCCUGAUCGGAAAGGUGAUGAUGAGUACAGUGAUAUGGGGAAUAGCUUAACAGAUGAACAAAUUGGGCGUAACUCAUUGUCUGUUGCUUGCAGUGGUAAGAUGAGAACUGCAGAAGUAGCGUCUAAGGAAGUCUUCUACUCUCCAUUGCAGAUGAAUCCAAAUGCUUCAGUAGAAGAUGCUUCUCCUGAUGAAAAGCUCUGGGUCAUAUCUGAUGAAGAGAGUAACAAUUUUCGACAAGAGGAAGUUGUUCCUAAUUUGUCUUUCUUAACUAGCAGUGUUAAGAAUGAAACGUUGGAUCCUAUAAUUCUGAAGUAUGAUAAUGAUGAGAGUUUGGAAACAGGUCAAGAAAAUCUACUCCUAGAUACUCGUGUAUUGGAUUUUGCUGUAACUGAAAACAUUGAACAACAAAGUUCUGAGCCUGAGGUUGAAAUUAUACCAAGGUCAACUUCUUAUGAAAGCCAGUUUGAUGACAUUGAAAGUGAAACUGACAAUUUUAUGGAUGCACUAAACACCAUUGAGUCAGAGUCUGAAACUGAUUUAGAUUGUCAAAGAAAACGAGCAGUGGAGCUGGAAUCUAGUCUGAAGACUGCAUCAGCCCCGAAUGGAACCCUUGGAAUUAGAGCAGAACUUUCUGAUCGGAAUUUGUCUACUAAUACACCUGAAGUCGCAGCUAGAAAUUCCCCUGAAAACAGUGGUUUUGGUGGUAAUAUCAACUUUGCGUCUGCUGACUCUGACCCUGGAGCUUUCUCUUCCUCUGGCAAAGUAAAAUGUGAGGAAAUUCCAGAGAAUAUCUCUUCAGAGUGUGGUGAGUUUUUAUCGUCUCCUCAGAUAGCUAGAACUGCUUUUAAACCAGACAGUUCUCUCGGUGUCCCUUCAAGUGAAAGAUCCAAUAUUCUGGAAGCAUCACAAGUAGAACCACUUGUUAGUAAUCAUAUCACCUCUAGCCCUAGGGGAACUGGUUCAGGAUUGCCAAUGGCCAACAAGAUCCUGUGUGGUCCUUCUGACUCUGAAAAGCCCCCACCCCAGCUUCUGGGCACUCCUCCAGUCAAAUUCUGGACAAAUGGUGGCUUGCUCGGGCUUGAGCCCUCAAAGCCGCCAGAUGGUGUAAUAAAUACUGUUAGUCAAGUUUAUGAAGCUAAUCAAAAUGAGGUAGUCGGUACAUCAAGACAAGAACCUGUUCCUGUCAGUCAGAAACAUGCAGGAAAACAAGAUAUUGUGCAGAAUAGGUCAAGAGAUAAAGCUGAUUGCCAAAAUUCUGCUCAAGCAGUUGGCAUUUCUAUUAAGAACAUAUCUUCAAGAUUUUCAACCAAAGAUUUAGAUGUCAAGCUUGAGGAGUCAAGUAACUUAUACCAGCAAAAUUGCACUGAUAAGCCCCUACAGAGUUGUUUAAGUGGAUCUGGUAUACUGACAUCUAGCACAGUGGGUCCGGUGAGUCUGGAAUCCCAAACUAUUGGAGUUGGUCAGGAGAAUGGAAAGAAUUCAUCACGUAUUCUUGAACUAGGUAAUCGACUGCUUACUAAUGGAUUUCACGGGAAACUCUCACUUGGUUGGAAUGAUAACACUGAUUCAGUCAGUUCCUUGAACACUGGAAUUAAUGAGCCAAUGAAUGAUUACCAACAUUUUGUGGGUAGAACAUUUUCCGGUAGAAUUAAAGACUUCCCAGGAAGUGGAACCUCGUUUACAUCACCUUCUUCGUCUCCCCCACUUGGACAUAUGAAGAUCUCAUUCCAACCGAUAGAUGGCAUUGAGGCUUCGAAACUGAAACUCAGAUUUCCUGAUAGGAAUAACAUCCACGAAAACAAUGGAGAUAUCUUUCCUUCAUUUCAGCUGGUACCGGAGCCUUCGAUUCCUCUGCAAGAAGCUGGUUCAGACUCGGAUGAUGACACAUUUUCCAGAUCAUCUCCCGAUCUGUCAGAUGAUUAUCUUAGCCAUCAGUCAGAGUCAAACUCUGAACAGUGGGAAUCUGGUAACUCUCCUAGUUUAAAGGACCAAGAAGUAUACGAUGCUUUGCAAAGAAUAUCGUUAACUGAAUCAACUUCAACAUCUUUGGAGAAUGGCCGGACAUCUCAGCAGGAGUUGCGCCCCUGCAGUGGACGUCAUAUUCCUUUUGCAGAAUACUCUCUGGAGGAUUGUCAGUCUGAUAAUUUAUUUGAUCUUCCAGUUCUGGAUACCCAGCAUUCCUCAUUCAAGCAUGGAGCUGGUAAUGCUCUGACUGCAAGAGAUCUAGAGCCAUUGUCUGCUAAGCAGUCUACGUUGCCUCCUCCUCCUCUCCCUCCAAUACAGUGGCAGAGUACACAAUCACAUUUAGAUGACGAACAAGAUUAUCUAGAGAAUUCCUCUGAAAACCAUCAUGUGUUUGAUCACAAGGAGCUGGGAUCUACUAUUUCACAUCAACCUAAGCCUCCUCCAUUUAAGCAACACCAAGUUAUUGAAGCUGCAUUUACAUUGAAAAGCAAGCAGCCAGACUCGAUAGACACAACUGGGCGGAAACUCGUUGAUCAUGCUAAAAAUAGCAGAGGAAUCAAUGAAAAGGAAGACUUCCUGCACCAGAUUAGAGCAAAAUCAUUCAAUCUCAGACGAACUGCUCCAGCAAAACAAGCGGGAACUUCAGGGCCUCCAGCAAGCGUCAAGGUCACUGCAAUUUUGGAGAGGGCCAAUGCAAUCCGUCAGGCAGUUGGAAGUGAUGAUGGAGAAGAUAACUGGAGUGACACUUGAAUUCUUAUCCAACCAUGUUGACAUUAGUCUAUCAAACCCAACCAUGUAUAAUUUUGCUUCUGGAGUUAGGUGAGAGGGUGUUAUAAAUAUGUAAAUAACUAGUUAUUUUCUGUAAUUAUUCUUAGGUCCUGUUGUUGUAUCUCGAUUAGCUUUUUCCCUUAGGUAGCUUUCAACCUGUUUCUGUAAACAUUGUGCUCUAGUAUGAUCCAGCAACAUUUUCUUGAUUACCGAGGCAUCAUUUAUGCAUAAGCCUUUUUCAACAUUU